CAUGUGGGCAAUAUAUUGAUUUCUUUUGCUCAGAAUCGUUUUCCUGGGGGCUUCUACAGAUAAGGAAGCCCAGACAUAACCAAGAGGCUCCUGUUUAGAAAUAUUUGAGGAGGAGCAUGAGAAGUCCAUGAGGAGCUGGUGAUGAAAAUUGCCUGUCUCAGUUUCAUUGGCUGCCCCAUUGCUCACUGCAUUAGGGAAGAUAUGAAUCUGGAUCAGAGUGGAGAAAUGUACCCCUCUAGGCUUCCCCUGGAUUCCCACUUGAUACUCUACUCCCUUGCACAAGGGGCCAGAGGUGCAAGUGUCCUGUGAAAUGUUCAAGGCAAUAGCCAGAUAAACUUAAUAGGAUUAAAUAUAACCCAGUUAAAAUAUAGUUUAGUUAAUAGUUUUUUAGGAAGGAGAUAUAUUGCUAUGAACACAGACCAUUACAAAGUGGUAUGUCUUAAGGAGUUAUUUUAAGGUUAAAAUUUUGUUAAACAGAAGUAGAAGGGGAGGGAAAUUAAAGGUAAAUGCAGAACAAAAUCUUGGGGAAAGGGACAAGUACAACACAGGUAGGUGGAAAAUGCUGCUUGUGUGGAAAUAGUAGAAUGAGGUCAGAAAGGGAGGGUGAGGCCAAACUCUGGGGGCAGGGUAGUUGCAGGCAGGUGCUGCCACUUCUGUUCAUACUUGAAGCAUUAUUGCCACAGAAGCUCUAUUUGCAAAGGAAGCACUAUGGGCCAGAAGCCAUUCCUACACCAAGUGAACAUUCUCUGGGAGUACUUGCCGCUGGAGAGUCCAGCAAUUUAGAAGUCCAGGCUGUCUUUUAUGAUAUUUAUACAUAUUCAGGAGUGCUUUCUGUUUCUAUCACUUUCAGUAGACUCAUCAGCUUCUAAGUCAUUAUAGAGAGGACCAUAAAGUGCAUCAUGAGUCACACCAGUGUUACCAUCUUCCAUCCUGCAGUUUUUGUCCUUCUUGGCAUCCCUGGGUUGGAGGCUUAUCACAUUUGGCUGUCAAUACCUCUUUGCCUCAUUUACAUCACUGCAGUCCUGGGAAACAGCAUCCUGAUAGUGGUUAUUGUCAUGGAACAUAACCUUCACGAGCCCAUGUAUUUCUUCCUCUCAAUGCUGGCCAUCACGGACAUCCUGCUGUCUACCACCACUGUGCCCAAGGCCCUAGCCAUCUUUUGGCUUCAAGCACAUAACAUUGCUUUUGAUGCCUGUGUCACCCAAGUCUUCUUUGUCCAUAUGAUGUUUGUGGGGGAGUCAGCUAUCCUGUUAGCCAUGGCCUUUGAUCGCUUUGUGGCCAUUUGUGCCCCACUGAGAUAUACAACAGUGCUAACAUGGCCUGUUGUGGGAAGGAUUGCUCUGGCCGUCAUCACCCGAAGCUUCUGCAUCAUCUUCUCAGUCAUAUUCUUGCUGAAGCGGCUGCCCUUCUGCCGAACCAACAUUGUUCCUCAUUCCUACUGUGAGCAUAUUGGAGUGGCUCGUUUAGCCUGUGCUGACAUCACUGUUAACAUCUGGUAUGGCUUCUCAUCAGUGCCCAUUGUCAUGGUCAUCUUGGAUGUUAUCCUCAUCGCUGUGUCUUACUCACUAAUCCUCCGAGCAGUGUUUCGUUUGCCCUCCCAGGAUGCUCAGCCCAAGGCCCUCAGCACUUGUGGCUCCCACCUCUGUGUCAUCCUUAUGUUUUAUGUUCCAUCCUUCUUUACCUUAUUGACCCACCGUUUUGGGCGUAAUAUUCCUCAACAUGUCCAUAUCUUGCUGGCCAAUCUUUAUGUGGCAGUGCCACCAAUGCUGAACCCCAUUGUCUAUGGUGUGAAGACUAAGCAGAUACGUGAGGGUGUAGCCCACCGGUUCUUUGACAUCAAGACUUGGUGCUGUACCUCCCCUCUGGGCUCAUGAAUCUUCAUGUCCAGCUCCUUCAAGGAAGCUAGAUGUGAAAUACAGAGAUUUCCUGGACUGAGAAGGCUUUUCUUCCUCUUCUUUCUAUUUCA